AUGGCACACCACUUUCAAUAUCUCUGGGUUUUUACAAGAAAAGACGAAAGUGACUUAGGUCCAUUCUCACAAUGGAACAUAACUGGAACUUACAGAGGGACUUGGAAGUUUUUAGAUACUACAAAUGGUUCUACCAGAUUUCCAGACAUCAGAAAAAUAAAUGGAAAUUCUGUAAUUGAAUUAGUUAGUGUGCCAACAAAGAUAACUGGUGUACAUUAUGUGCAGGGGGUAGUCAUAUUCCAUGAUGUAUUUGACAAUGAAUACAAUGUUGGUGGUGCUCAAAUCAGAGUAGAAGGUGUAUAUAUAUGGCCUUAUAGGCAGCUUCGAAUGGUAGCCAACAGUGGUAAAGAUGGGGGACUAAAUCCGGAGGGAGACUAUAUUUUAUCAAAUCCAUAUCAUCUGCUUGGAGUUUUCUCAUCUCAAGUAUUCCAAGAAUCUUCGCGACAAAAGAUGUGGAGAAGAAAGCACUCUCCAUUGCACGGAAUGGAGAAACAUUGCAAUGUAGAAAUAGCUGCACAGGUUUCACGCCUGUCAUUGUCAAAGCAUGAAGGGGAGCGUGAUUCUUUUCAGCUAGUAGGGUUAAUGGAGAGUCCGUCUGUGGACGAUGAUGGGGACUGCUUCUCGCCUUUACAGUUAAAUGCAACUUCUAUCAACAUUGAAGUCUACUAUAAUAAAGCAGUGAACUAUACCUUAAUGGUUACUUUUAUCUCAUUUUUGCAAGUUCUUCUUUUAAUUCGGCAAAUGGAGCAUAGCAACACCCAAUCGGGGGCUGCUAAGGUUUCAAUAUUAACGAUUGGUCAGCAAGCUAUAGUAGAUGCUUAUCUUUGCCUUAUACAUUUGACUGCUGGAAUACUAGUUUGCCUGAAGAUUCUGGUUAGUUUGGAAUACAUCAUAGCUUUUGAAGCUUGUCUUAUGAAUAAUUGUUGUUACUUACUACCUACCUGCCAUGCAGAAUCCUUGUUCAAUGCUUUUGCAACUGCUGCAUUUUUCAAGUUUGUGGUAUUCUCAAUAUUUGAGAUGAGAUAUCUCCUUGCCAUCUGGAAGGCAAGUAGGCCUUUGAGCAAUGGUGAAGGUUGGGAGGCAAUGAGGCGUGAACUAUCAGUUUUAUACAGCCGAUUCUAUGGGAUCCUACUGGGAGGCAUACUGCUCAUGUAUGAAUUCCUCAAUCAUUUGAGACUUAUUCUUCUUCUUGUAUACUCCUUUUGGAUACCUCAGAUAAUCACCAAUGUUGUUCGUGACUCACGCAAGCCAUUGCAUCCUCAUUACAUAUUAGGCAUAACUGUUACUCGGCUAGCAAUCCCAUUAUAUAUUUUUGGUUGUCCUAACAACUUCUUGCGUAUAGAACCAGAUCAUAGCUGGUGUGUUUGUUUGGCUAUAUUUGUUGGACUUCAAGCUGCAAUUCUCUUGCUUCAGCACUAUUUUGGGUCUAUGUGGUUCAUUCCUCGUCAGUUUCUACCUGAGAAAUACUGCUACUAUAGGAGGUUUACUCAAGAUACAAAUCACUCCACUGACUGUGUUAUAUGCAUGACAGCCAUUGAUCUUUCUCCACGAUCCAAUGAUUGCAUGGUGACACCUUGUGAUCAUUUCUUCCACUCUGGUUGUUUGCAAAGAUGGAUGGAUAUAAAGAUGGAGUGCCCAACAUGCCGUCGCCCUCUUCCACCUGCCUGAAGAGGUUUCCAUUGUU